UAUUUUUUCGGAUUUUUAAAAAUUGUCUAGCCGCCUACAGUUUGUAGACUCCGUCGUUGUGCAACACGGGCUGCUACGUUACCCGCGCUAGCCGCUAGGUUGCUACUUCCAGUCAGCGCCCGGCGGCUCCAAACGGCGGAGCGGAGAUGCCAAACGAGCUUUCCCCCGUCGCGUUCGUCUAAACGCCUCGGGCGCGGUGGGCGGGAGCUGACGGGAGAGAAGCAGAUGUCGGGAGAAGAUCAGUGAAGUCGUGUUUUGCUCGUCGGGGGCGCGUUAAAAAGGUGUGUGAGAGAGAACCGGGCUGACGGGGGGUCUCAGACCCGGAUCAGCAUCCCCAGCAGAAGUUUCUCUGGAAAUUCCCGUGUCCCAAACGGGAUCAGGAUGAGUGCGAUCCGUGUGGAUGCCAAAGUGGUGAUGCUGGGAAAGGAGAGCGUGGGCAAAACCAGCCUGGUGGAGAGAUACGUUCACAACCGCUUCCUGCAUCCCUACCAGAACACUAUCGGGGCGGCUUUUGUUGCCAAACCAAUCCAGGUGGGAGAGAAAGUGAUAACACUAGGACUCUGGGACACAGCAGGAGCAGAACGAUACGAAGCCAUGAGUCGGAUCUACUAUAGAGGAGCUCGGGCCGCCAUCAUCUGCUACGACCUAACUGACAGCAGCAGCUUCCAGCGAGCUCACUUCUGGGUGAAGGAGCUGCAGAACUGUGAGGAGCUCUGCAAGAUCUACCUGUGCGGCACCAAGAGCGACCUGAUCGACGAAGACCGCAGCCGGCGGCAGAUCGACUACCACGACGCUCAGGACUUUGCUGAAGAGAUCGGAGCGCAGCUGUUUGAGACGUCCAGUAAAACAGGAAACAAUGUGGACGAGCUGUUCCAGAAGGUCGCCGAGGAUUAUAACAGCACUGCCUUCCAGUACAUGACAGAAGAGACAAACGUCAACUUGGAUCAGAAGAAGAACUCAAACUUCUACUCCUGUUGCCAUAGUAACUGAUUCCUGCACAGCAGGAGGGCAAACAGGGGCGUUGCAUUUCCUGGACACGCUGGACGGCUGCAGCUGAAACAGAACUGUAAGAUACCUUCAUUUCCUUUGUGCCAAAAGACACUGAGGCCGGCGGCAAAGAUCUGCUCCUACAAGGGAUUAAGAGACGGAUUUUAAUCCAGAAUAAAUGUUCACUUCACCAAGUAUCUCACCUGGGAGGGAAAAACUCCCGGAAUCUGAGGCCGACCAGGGAGCGCUGCCGUUGACAGGAGCGCAUGCAGCAGAUGUUUACAGAUGUUUGUGCUUUAUUUCAUUUGCUGUGGGAGUUUUCAUGAAAUGUGUUGGGGGGGCAAACACUACCACAAACCCAGAGGAGCUCCACCAGACAAGCCAAAAACAUCAGAGGCCUUCACUCCAACUGGAAGCGGCUUUGAGCGCGUUUCUGUUCAUCUCCUGACAGACAUGGAUGUAUUCUAGAGCACGAAACCAUUCGAUCAGGCUUUAAAGAUGGCUCCACAGCCACAGAAACACUAACUCAGCUCCCAGAAACAUGCGGAUGCUCCGCCGUUUACAUCCGCGGGAAAACGGCUAAGAUUUCUGAUUUCUGCGUUCUGCAUGGCCUGAAAUAGACGUAGUUCCUUUUUUUCCCGGUUUUGAAAGAGAGCUAAAAUCUUGACGAAACCCAGUUGUAAUCAUUAAACCACAGCAGGAUUUUAGGUAACAGCUGAAGUUACUGCGGUCUGUGGUAACAGAGAAACGUGUCGAAAUGUGGAACCGACGGUUCUCGCAGCAACAUCUGCAGCCACGCCGGAAACUUCAGCGAAGAUAGUUUGAGACGGGAGAGUGGAGAUCAGACGCUCGCUUCUGGGUUCGCUGCUUCAUGCGCCGACUUUCUGAUGCAAAAUCUUUUUACUGAAGACUGUGAAACACUGAUGUGUAAAAUAAAUCUGGAAUGUUUCCAAUCUGGAGUUUUAAUAAAUGAUUGACAAUGAGGGAAAAACA